AUGGUGUUCAAGGUGCUGUGUGUCCUCACCCUUCUGGCUGUAGUCGCAAACUCGAAGACUGUCCACGAGCAUGCAUUUUCAUCACAACAUAUAUCCCGACACGAUGGUCCCGCCCAAAAGGUUUACAUCCAUGAGCAUGUCGAAGAGAAACAUGAGAAAAAGCACGAAGCACCAAAGCAUGAACAUCAUAAGAAAGAGGAACAUCAUAAGAAAGAAGAACAUCACAAGAAGGAAGAACCGAAGAAGGAAGAGCAUAAAAAAGAGACUCAUCAUCACAAACAUGUCGACUAUUAUGCUCAUCCCAAAUACAAGUUCGAGUACAAAGUAGAGGACCACCACACUGGUGACAAGAAGUCACUCCAUGAGCAUCGUGAUGGAGACUCCGUGAAGGGCUACUAUGAGCUGCACGAACCUGAUGGCUCUGUUAGACAUGUUGAGUACCACGCCGAUAAGCAUAGUGGUUUCCACGCAUCGGUGAAACAUAGCACCCACCACAUAGUGCCGAAGAAGCAUCAUUGA